AUGGGCGUCGAAGAAUGGAUGAGAUCCUCAAUCGAGAUGUUCUUCCGAGAGCACCCAAGCCCUACCCAGCAAGAUCUGGACGAGCACGCCAAAGCAAUCGUCCAGGCUUCCUCCGUCCGCCCGGUCGGCAUGCAAGGCGCAUGCAGCUACACCGUCAUCGCAGGCACCGAUACCAUCGUUUCCUUCCGAAUCCCUGAAAGCCCGCUCGGGGGAAGACUGGACAAGCUUGCUCACGUUAUCCACGGCGACGUUGUCCCCCUGGCCACCUUCCACGGCGUGAUUGAUUAUUCCGAGCGCAUUCGAAUCGAAAAGCGCUUCUGGGACGUAUUUUGGGACGCUACGAAAAUCAAAACAGUCGAAGAACAGGAGAAGAUCAAGUACCUCGUCGAGCAAGCAGCGAAGCUCGGUCUCCUGUUGGUUUCUGCGUUCAAGUUCGACGAGGAUAGGAAUCAUGGAUGGACUGAUUCGCUUCUGAAGGAUGAAAAGGUCAGCUUCAGUGGUGUCUCUGAAAGCCCUGAGACAGAACCAAUAAAGCAGGCUGGAGAUGCCCAGGCGAAGAGGGCCGAAAUUUUCCAGAAGAAGGAAGCUGAAAACGUCCAGGGGAAGGAGGCUGAAGAUUCUCAGGGGAAGGAGUAA